UUAAACCCGAAACAAACCCACUUACACCUAUUAGCCUUUUGAGUGGCCUUAGAAGGUGACAGAGCAACCUUAGCCAUGGUUGAGUACGAGGCAAAGGUGCUGCUGCUCUGGCUUGCAAUAUACUUCUUUUUGGGAAUGAAUGUCUUUCUUUUUUCCUUCAUCCUUCUCUUUCUACUCUCACAACCCUUCAUUUUGGUUCAACAACCUUGGUUAGUAUGACAUACAAUCUUCAUUCAACUUUAUAAUUAUAAAUUAUAAUGGAGGCAACUUUGAUCCGAUGCUCCAGUUUUAACUCCCUCAAAUUUAAUCGUCUUCUUCCCAAAAAUAUCUCCAAAUUUCCUUCUUUUUGCCUUCGAUCUUCAGCUAUGGCUAUUCAUACAGAGAAUAGAAAUUCAGUGAAGAUGAAAGCAUAUGAUGGGUUGUUGUUGGAUGCUGGGGGUACACUUUUGCAGCUUUCAGAGCCUGUUGAACAGACUUAUGCUAAAAUUGGCAAGAAAUAUGGGUUAAGUGCAACUCCACCUGAAAUAAAGCAAGGAUUCAAGAGAGCCUUUUCUGCUCCAUGGCCUGAGAAACUUCGCUACCAGGGUGAUGGAAGACCAUUCUGGAAGCUUGUUGUUUCUGAAGCUACUGGUUGUGCUGAUGAUAGCUACUUUAAUGAAGUUUACGAGUAUUAUGCAAAUGGUCAAGCUUGGCAUCUUCCAGAUGGGGCCCUAGAGACAUUGCUGUGCCUUAAAAAUGCUGGAGUUAAGUUGGCAGUUGUAUCAAACUUUGACACCAGGUUAAGGAAGCUAUUGAAGGAACUCGAAGUCUUAGAUUUGUUUCAUGCUGUCUUGGUAUCUUCCGAGGUUGGAUCUGAAAAACCAGAUGCACGGAUAUUCAAUGCUGCUUUAGAUCAGAUUGGUGUUGAUGCUGAGAAAGCGGUUCAUGUAGGGGAUGACGAACAGGCUGAUAAGAGUGGAGCCAAUGCAGUUGGAAUCGAUUGUUGGUUAUGGGGAAAGGAUGUCAAGUCAUUCUCAGAUAUACAAGAUCGUAUCCUUGUUAUGAACCAUUAAAAUCCGAAGAAGGUGGUAAUUGUAGUAACCCUUCAAUAAUUUGCUCUACAUCUUAUUUAUGGAUUCAUAUGCUCCUGUAUCACCAAUUAUUUUUUAUUUCUUUUAUCAUUUUUUUGUAGGACGAGACUACCCUCACUUACGGCUUUACUAGAGCUUGUUUUAGAAAACUCGUGUGCAAUGAAACUGUUAUUUUGCUGGACCUCUUGUUGCUUUUGUUAGUUAACUCUUGUGCAAUGAAACUGCUAUUUUGCUGAACCUCUUGUUGCUUUUUUAGUUCUUAUUGCGAUCAUUUUUUUUUUUUUGUUUUUGAUGUAAAAAUUAGUAUGCAACAGUUUUGCUUGC